CGCCAACCUUGCGACUUCAUCUUCUCCUCUUCAAAACAACAAAUACAAGAAAAUUUUUCUACUGACGACUAGGCUUGCAUCGACAAAUUCCUAGUUUACCUCGAUCGCCCUACACCACAACCUGCUACAUAUUUAAUACACAUCGCUACAAUGGAGCUGUCUGAGAUCUUUCGCAUUGUCAACUUGGUUGUCGGCGUUAUCACUCUUCUCGGUGGUAUCGUGCACAUCUUUGGCUUCAACGUUACCUCCAUCAUCGUCGGUGCCUACAUGAUCCUCUUUGGUCUCGCUGUUGGUGUCCUGGAGUUCCAGAUCCCUCCCCAGCUGUCUCGCCACGCCAACUUUUUGUUCUCCUUCAUUGGCCGUGGUAUUUUCUACAUCUUCCUCGGCGGUCUCCUCUUUGGCACAACCACCCUCAGCUACAUUGCUGGUGGUAUCGUCGCCCUUGUCGGUGUUGCGUACGUCGGCCUCGAAUUUGUCCCCUCGAUUGAGCCCCCACACAACAUGCGUGAUGCUGAGGCCGCUGGAUGGGGCGCCGAGCAGGUUUAAGACCAAUCGACCACAUUUCGAGACAAGCGACGCAUCCUCCGACAGAAACGGACGACCAGCGCACAUGACGACCUAAGCUUGCACUUGAGUAGGGCUGUUUGCCCUGAGUCUUCUUCAAGAACGAUGGAAAUAAACAUAAUACAUGUAUAAUGAUGCAGGUGGUGUUUUUAGAAAAGUUACAGAGUAUAACCACACAGUGGUACCAGUCAAGUUGUGCUAAGUUUCGGUUUGUGAUUCGAUUAUUUAUUGCUUUGUUACUUUGGUAUCUGUAGUAUCCGAUGCAACUGGGCUCUUCCAUUGGCCAGCAUUUUCAACACCUUUUGCCAAACCGCCCAUGCCGUUGUUGACGCCGGCUCCGAGAGAUCCUAUGGCGUUACCAAGUGGUUUACCAGUUUCCCCCGUGACAUUCGUAAUUGUAUCUCCCAGACCUUUCGUAGCCGCACCAGUAAUGUUUCCUGCUGUGCGGGACACGCCGCCUAUUGUGUUGCCAAUUGCGCCUGUGAAGAAUUUGGCAGCACCCAUGGUCUUAUCCGUGACGGUGUUUCCAGAGGCGUCAGUGGAAGGGUUUGUGUUUGAGUUGUCCGCCAUUUUUGUUAAAAGAGUAGGAUAAAAGAUUGAAUUGUGUGUUUUAGUAAAUGCAUGGUGUCUCCUAU